AAUAGGCCACCAUACUACUGCAAGGAUCAUUACCUGCAUCAGUCUUCUAUAAAGGGGUUGGUGUGACACAGUAAAUCAUGGGAGACGCUCAUAUGGCGGAGUUCGGGCCUGCAGCCCCUUACUUGAGGAAGUCAGACAGGGAGCGUCUGGAGGCCCAGACCCGUCCCUUCGACAUGAAGAAGGAAUGCUUUGUGCCUGACACCGAAGUGGAAUUUGUGAAGGCUUCCAUCACCAGCAGAGAUGGUGACAAAGUCACCGCUGACACUGCGAAUGGGAAGACUGUGACUGUGAAGGACUGUGAUGUCCACCCUCAGAACCCGCCAAAGUUUGAUAAAAUUGAAGACAUGGCGAUGUUUACCUUCCUUCAUGAGCCAGCUGUGCUGUUCAACCUCAAAGAGCGUUAUGCAGCAUGGAUGAUCUACACCUACUCCGGGCUGUUCUGUGUCACUGUCAACCCCUACAAGUGGCUGCCAGUAUAUAACCAGGAGGUGGUCUCAGCCUACAGAGGCAAGAAGAGGAGUGAAGCUCCUCCUCACAUCUUCUCCAUCUCCGAUAACGCCUAUCAGUACAUGCUGACAGACAGGGAGAACCAAUCCAUUCUUAUCACUGACAGGCAUCCUGUGAUUCCUGAUAAGAAGAAGGAACAUAAAAACGCAUUGAAGCCUGGUUUGGGGCUGAGGGCAUAUUAAAGUUGAACAGUCAGUUCAUGCCAGCAUUGGUGGAUAGAGGCAAUACUAAUGGUGAUAUGACGGGCCAUGGCUUUUCACAAAAGCUGGUACGGUCUUACACAGCUCACCAAUUGAAAAGGACUUGGCUGAGAUCAAUGAGAUUGAGCAUCCAUGCUAAAAUAAAAGCACAUAGAGC